CAAGGGAUACAAUCAAUCUUAAAGCUGUAAUUCCCCCUCAAAUAUAACUAGCCCUACCCGUUACAGUGUACCGCGUGUCACCGGUGGCAUUUAAACAUUGGUAAACAAUUGGGUGCGUCAUCCGGGGACUACUGUCAGGGGGAGUGCCCAGUCUGUGUUGAGUGGUGGCCACAGCAAUGUUCCGGUUAUUUGGUCGCCGCAAGUCUGCAGCUGAGGAGGAAGAGACAUCAGAUGCUGUAGAGGCAACUGAAGAGAAGCCUGAAGAAGUAUCUCAAGAUGGCUUUGUGCUAUUAGAUGAUCCAACCCAACUCAACAAUGGCUAUGGUCCUCCUCCUGGGUAUACUGUUGGUGGAGCCAAUGCCUUCCUCCCAUAUGGCCUUGAACCAAGGAACAAUGUCACCACACAGAGAUCAAUGAGUUUUGAGGCUAUGAGUGCCAUUGAUGGCAUCCCCUUUAAGUUUGGCUCCAAUGUAUUGCUAGAAGACAUGAUACGUCCAUUUUCCACUACCUCCACUGAAGACAUAAUGGCAAAAAUCAAAUCCUUCAAUUGGGAUGAUUAUGAGUACAGCUUCGAGCUUGAGAAGAGCAUCAUGAGAGAAUUUAAUACCACAGAAGAAUGCAAAACUGAAUGAAAAUAUACAUACAUUUUUGGCAGUUUAUCUGAGUUUCAUAAUGUUGCUAUGCUUAUUUGAAUAAUGUAUAAGGCUAUUUAUACAUACGCACCAUUUCAGCACUUUUGCCAGAACUUUUGUACUUGUAUAUUUUUUUAAUUACAAUGUUUAAGUAAUUAAUUAUCUAAACAUAGAAAUUCACUUAUAUAACAUUGUAAACUGCUGUAUUUUUGUACAGAUUCUGCUCAGCAACCAUUCCAUCGAAUGUCUACAAAAUGUUUUUGUUGCUGGAUGCAGACUUGAUAGUAUAUUUUGAAUACUCGUAAAUCCAGGUAGUAUCUGUAACUAGAUUUAUAUGAGUGACAAGAUCUUGUCUCCUGUACUGCCAUGCUAGAAAUCAUUCCUUGAUGUUAACAGCAUGCACUUGGAGUGAACCCUCAGCUUUGUAAGGGAAGGACAGGAGCUGGUCUACCAAACUCUUCACAUAUCUAACAUUGUUUACACUUUUAACAGCCAUUCUUAGAAGUUUUUAUUCAAUCAGUGUCAGGACUUGGUGAUACACGUGACUUAGUUUCUAGUCAGAGAAUAUGAAAAAAGACGCUUAUCAGUUUAACAUUAGGUUAGGUGAAUAAUGCCUUAUAAAAUAUAUAUAGAUUAUUAUCUAUCUAUAUUUCCAGCACCAGCCAAUGAAUCUUCUGGCAUUACCACACUGCUGGAUCAAAACAUCACUGUCAUCUCCCCUACAAUACUCGCCCACUCUGUUUAUUCAUUUUAGAUUCUGUGUAUAUCAAGAUAUUGUUAUCUCAAUGUUAUGAAAAUUAUGCUUCUUUUUUGUUACUUAUCUCAGUGUUAUGAAAAUUAUGCUUCUUUAUUGUUAGGUUAUAUAGCUUAUGUCAAAGAUUUUACUUAGAAAUAAGUACUGUUACCAAAAUUAUUGUACAAUUUUUAAUGCAUUAUUUGUUAUAUAAAUAAAGACUGCCUAAAUAAA